UAGAUCCAGAGUAAAGACUUAGUUACACCGGGUAAUGGGAAGCGAUCGCGUUGUAAAAAAGGUGAAGAUGUCGGCUUUGGAACAGCUUAAGAAAAUAACUACAAUUGUAGCUGACACUGGCGACUUUGAUGCCAUAAAUAUUUACAAGCCUACAGAUGCCACGACCAAUCCAUCGCUUAUUUUGUCGGCGUCGACUAUGGAGCGCUAUCAAUACAUAGUAAAAAAUGCCGUCGAAUAUGGAAAAACCAAAGAAGGACCGCUGGAGAACAAAGUCUCGGAAGCUAUGGAUUAUUUGUGCGUUCUCUUCGGAUGCGAGAUUCUAAAGGUUGUGCCUGGUAGAGUCUCCACUGAAAUAGAUGCACGUUUAUCGUUUGAUACGAAAAAGAGCGUGGAAAAAGCAUUGAAAUUAAUCGAUUUAUACGCAAGCUUUGGCAUUAAAAAGGAGCGCAUUUUAAUAAAACUUGCCUCAACGUGGGAAGGUAUCAAAGCGGCCGAAAUUUUGGAAAAACAGCAUGGAGUGCAUUGUAAUCUGACUCUGUUAUUCUCAUUUGCCCAAGCGGUGGCUUGCGCCGAAGCUGGUGUAACAUUAAUCUCUCCUUUUGUUGGUCGCAUUUUGGACUGGUAUGUGGCUAACACAGAAACCAAGAAAUUCGAGCCGCAAGCUGAUCCGGGCGUUAUAUCAGUGACGAGUAUUUAUAACUACUACAAGAAAUACGAUUACAAGACAUUGGUGAUGGGCGCAUCAUUUAGAAACAUUGGAGAAAUAAAAGCAUUAGCUGGUUGCGAUUUGCUUACUAUCAGCCCAAGCUUACUAAAGGAAUUGGAAAAUGAUGAUGUCGUACUGAAGACAGCUUUAUCUGUAUCCAAUGCUAAAUUGCAAGAUAUUAAGAAGAUCUCGAUUGAUGAGAGCCGAUUCAGAUGGUUACUCAAUGAGGAUGCCAUGGCAUCGGAUAAAUUGUCUGAGGGCAUACGUAAAUUCGCUGUUGAUACAGUGAAGCUGGAAAACGUUAUCAAAAAAUUGUUUGCCUAAAUUUUAUUUUACAAAAUGUAAAUGUAAAAUUCAAUUCCAUUUAUUAACUGAUAUUUUUUUACCAUACACUUCCAUUUAUAAAAAUGCUUCAAAA